UAGGCAGCUUCCCAUUUCCAUAGCCUUUCCUCUGUCCUCUUCUCUUCUCUUCUCUUCACUGUGUUAGUAUUCUUCGGAGCUUGUGCUAAUGUCAGAUCUAAAGUCCAAAUUCUUGCAAGUAUACUCAGUUCUGAAAUCGGAACUACUCAACGAUCCUGCAUUCGAGUUCUCCGAUGAGGCUACCAAUUGGGUCGAUCGGAUGCUGGACUACAAUGUGCCUGGAGGUAAGCUGAACCGUGGACUAUCCGUUAUUGACAGCUACAGACUGUUAAAAGGUGAAGAGUUAGGUGAAGAGGAAUUUUUCCUCGCUAGCGCUCUUGGCUGGUGUAUUGAAUGGCUCCAGGCAUAUUUUCUUGUUCUUGACGAUAUCAUGGAUAACUCUCAUACACGGCGUGGUCAUCCAUGCUGGUUUAGGGUGCCCAAGGUUGGCUUGAUUGCAGCAAACGAUGGGGUUCUACUACGAAAUCAUAUUUCAAGAAUCCUUAAAAGGCACUUCAAGGGAAAGCCGUACUAUGUGGAUCUUCUUGAUUUGUUUAAUGAGGUUGAAUUUCAGACUGCUUCCGGACAGAUGAUUGAUUUAAUCACUACCCUUGAAGGAGAAAAGGACCUGUCAAAGUACACAUUAUCACUUCACCGCCGCAUUGUUCAGUACAAGACUGCAUAUUACUCAUUUUACCUUCCAGUCGGAUGUGCACUGCUCAUGGCUGGUGAGAAUCUGGAUAACCACAUUGAUGUAAAGAACAUCCUUGUUGAUAUGGGAAUCUACUUCCAAGUGCAGGAUGAUUAUUUGGAUUGCUUUGGUGAUCCAGAAACAAUUGGAAAGAUAGGCACAGAUAUUGAAGAUUUCAAAUGCUCUUGGUUGGUUGUGAAAGCAUUGGAACUUAGCAAUGAAGAACAAAAGAAAGUGUUAUAUGAGAACUAUGGGAAGCCUGAUCCUGCAAACGUUGCUAAAGUGAAGGCCCUAUACAAAGAGCUUGAUCUCCAGGGUGUAUUUGCGGAGUAUGAGAGCAAGAGCUAUGAGAAGCUUGUAUCUUCCAUUGAAGCUCGUCCCAAUAAAGCUGUUCAAGCAGUGUUGAAGUCCUUCUUGGCUAAGAUAUACAAGAGGCAGAAAUAAAAGACACUGGAGCGCACAGCUAAGGCUGAGGAAAAAGGUGCAGGAUGCAAAAUGGAUUGUGAAGCUUUUUAUCAUGUUUUCGAGCUGGAAUUUUUCUAGUUCAUUAAAGAUUGAUCUUCUUGUAUUUUGUUCUGUACACUUUCCAAUAACACCUAUCUAGCUAUCAAUGAAUUUCUCUGUGGUUCUUUUUCAGAU